CUUGAUAUUACUCGUUUUUUCUAGGAGAUAUCACACAGUCCGUAACCGUUAAUAUGCCAUUCUUUUCUCGGAACCCCUCCUUCAGUCUUUUCUAUCUCGACGAAGGUGACCCCGAGGCUCAAUAUACUGUCCUCUUGAUCACGGGACUAUCUUGCGAAAUGCACGACUGGAGUUGGCAGGUCCCCUUCCUUCUUGCCAACGGAUUGCGCGUAAUCUCUGUGGAUGGCCGCGGGCAAGGGAAAUCAUCGGCCCCACAGCCGACGCCGGAUAUCACCACCUGGCCUGGGGUAGAGAGGUCCGCCGAUCCGGACGUCGUCGACUACUACCCUCAGUCCAACGCCGAAGACAUGAUCGCUCUGCUCAAGAGUAUCGGAAUCACCGAGAACGUCAUCACCAUGGCACAUUCUCUUGGCGAGUGCACUGGGUAUUACAUUGCCACAACCCGCCCGGACCUUAUCAAGGCCUCCGUUGGCGUAGACCCACUCCACGCCUUCCCCAGCGCUAUCCGCGAACGCGACGCCAGCUUCUUCACAGCACCGGGAGCCCAGGACACCGCUCUAUCAACCCUCCUCGAGCACUUCGGCGCAUAUUGCUAUACGCCCGCCUGCCCUGCUUGGCAGAAAACGUGGCACCUUCGACGUAUGGCGCAGCUGGACAAGGCCGUGCUCUUCGCGCAGUGCUGGGGUGGAUGGGGCGACCCGGAGCACAGCUUGGGCAGGCAGGAGAACGCAGUGAAGGCUUUCGCAGGAAAACUCAAGUGUCCCCGUGUGACGUUUGGGUCCAACGACUGGUAUGUGGCAACUGAUCGCGACCAUCUACCGAAAGGCGACGAGGAGCUGGACGAAAUCGUGGUCAUUGAAGGCAAAGGGCACUGGUUUCAUCAGCUCGAGAGUGAGAAGUUCAAUGGCCAUCUUAAGAGGUGGUUUACAAAGAUCGGUGUCCUGCCAGGGAAGCAGGUUCUUGCUUAAGGCAAUUAUCUCUGUUCGGGUUUCCAGUAAUGAGCAUGAGAUUUAUGUUGACUAAAAUCCAACUGUCCGGGGUCAUCUAGUUCCAAUCCC